AUGAAGAGCGGUCCGUUCUCCUCCUUGCUGCCCCGGGCUGUAUUUACCUUUCAGUGGAUCGACGAUGCCCUUUCUGAUCUUCACUUGAUGCCUACACUGGACGGGGUAUUGGCGGGACAUAUCGGGACAGUCUUAUUGGGCUCUGACCUACUCUGCCUAUCUUCCACGGCCCCGGCGGACGGGGGCGAUUGUCCAGGAAUUCAAGGCGCGGGUGUUUAUGCCGCGGUCGAUCCUGUCUUGCCGGCUGGUUCAGUGACUGCAGGUGCGACCAGCACCCUCAGCGGGGAUAGCCUGUCCAUCGCGGGUCCUUACCUAAGAGGCGACUACGCUCGUCCGGGAGGAGCACGUUAG